AUGGCGCCAUUGAUUGACAACAACGUACCUUCUUUCCCCAGCACGGUCGCUGGCACAAACUUUCGAUUCAGUGCUGCGAGUAAGAUAGGCAUCAAUGGGUUUGGUCGAAUAGGCCGCAACGUGCUUCGUGCAUCCCUUCUUCGCUCUGAUGUUGAUGUUGUUGCUAUAAAUCACACCUGCGCAACAGCCAAGGACUUGAUACACCUCAUCCGCUUUGAUAGCACACUGGGAAGCAUGCACCCGGGGAUUAGGAUCGUUAUUGAAAACGAACACCUGAUCACUGUCGGGGGCAAACACAUCCGGCUUAUUUCUGAACGGGACCCCAAGAACAUUGACUGGCACAGUCUGGGCAUUGACUAUGUUGUGGAAAGUACAGGAAAGUUCACCAAGAGGAGCGCAGCUCUGGAACACGUUACACUUGGCCGAGCUCGGCGAGUGAUCAUCUCGGCGCCCAAUUCUGACUCCUCAGCUUAUGUUUUCGGAGUCAAUUCCGAUAAAUAUUUUCCUGAUGAGGAUAACAACGUGAUUUCUUGUGCGAGUUGCACUACAAACUGCGUCACGCCCGUCCUAAAAGUCCUAAACGAUAACUUUGGCGUUGAGCAAGGCUUGUUGACCACCGUUCACGCUUCCACCCAGUCUCAAAAUGUUUUGGAUGGAUAUAAUAAGAAGAAUCCCCGACUUGGACGCACCGUUUUUGAUAAUAUAAUUCCGACUACGACCGGCGCUGCGAAAGCGAUUGCAACUGUCCUUCCCGAGCUGCAGGGAAGGAUCACGGGUGUAUCAAUCCGUGUACCAACGCCGAGCGUUUCCAUGAUCGAUUUGACCGUGGACACUACAAAGCCCACCUCGUUAAAGGAGAUUUUGGAUGCCUUCCAACUAGCUUCAAAAACCUACUUAGCAGGCGUGCUCAGUGUCUGUGAAGAAGAAUUAUUCAGUAGCGACUUUAAGGGAAAUCCGAGCUCGGCAGUUGUGGACGCCGCCGCGUGUAUUGAAUUGAACUCACAGUUCUUCAAGAUGAUUGCCUGGUAUGAUAAUGAAUGGGGAUACUCAAAUCGCUUACUGGAUUUGGCUGUGCUGCUGAAUAAAGGAGCCCGUGAAUAUCUUCAAUAUGAUCAUUGCCAAGAUGUGAUAUAUUACUCUCGAAAAGCCGAACUGCUGAUGGUGUGA